AUGCUGCGAUUAGCCACAAUACCGCUGAGUCUACGCAGCGCAGCGCGGAUAGCUAGCGCCCCUCGGCUCAGCUGCCGCUUCAAGUCCACUCUCACGGUGGUGCCUGCAUCGUCCUCGGCGUCUCGCGAGGUUCCGACGCCGCUGCUCUUCCUCACCGCCUCGAAAUGGACAAGCUCGCCUCCCGCGCAAGCAGCUUUCUCGGAAUGGAUCCAGCACUUUUCCGCUCAGGGCUACGAGUCUCUGCUGCUCGACCUGGAUCCGGACCAGGCCGUGUCGGAGCUCAAGGACUCGACCAAGCUCAUGCAGGUCUUUGAGAAGGACGCCAUCGACACGCUGCGGCAAUCGGGAAAGACACCGCCGUUCCCACCGAUCAUGAUCACAGGCGGGCCAGCGUCGCUGAUUGCACAGACGUAUGUCUCGUCUCGCCCGCUCACGGCGCUCCAGCUAAUCGACCCACCCAUCAACAACGCCUAUCUGCGCAAGGACCGCCCGGAGCUCCUGCCGACCGAGCUGGCCGAGUUCGACUUUGAGGCGACGUUCCCCGUGCGUGUGGUGUGGAGCGACGCAGAGCUGCAGCGCCAGCAGCAGCAGGGCGUGCCGUGGUACGACGUCCAUCGCAUCGAGCACGAGCGCGAGGAGGAUGCAGACGAGAGCCUCGAUCGAUAUACGUUCGCAGACAUCAAGCAGGGCGCGCAGGGCACGCAGGAAUGGCUAGAGGAAGAAGUCGGUGUUCUCGGCGACCACACAACGCCCUUGGAUGAAGACGUAGACUCGUCCUUCGGAAUCGAAUCUGAUGCCUCGACCAAAGCAGCUGGAUUGCGCGACGCCGAUGGGCUGCCGGAAUGGUUUGUUUCGGGCGAGUAUACGCUGCAGCCCGGUUCGCGCAAGUACCCGCUGACGCUCGACGAGCGCGAUCUGGCGGAAAAGUUCGUUCGCGGCUCGGGCCCGGGCGGGCAGGCGAUCAACAAGCUGUCGACGAAUGUACAGCUCACACACCUGCCCACGGGCACGAGGCUGACGUGCCAGGAGACACGAUCGCGCGACCGCAACCGCGAGCUGGCGCGCCGACGCAUGAGUCUCGUGCUGGAAAAGCUGGUGCGCGGCCAGUCGGGCGGCAGCCGCAUCGACCGCACCAUCGAAAAGGAGCGCAGGAAGAAGAGCAACAAGAAGAAAAAGCAGAAGCGUCGUCAGAGGGACAAGCAGCUCGAGUCUCAAACUGCCACUGCAGAGUGA